AUGGAUACUGAGGAACAGCCAUUAGUUAGUGCAUGGAAUUUAGAAACGGGACCAUUAAGCAGUACAAGUACUCUCUUUGAGGAUAUACCAUGCGCAAAUGUGGGGGCAGGGGCACAGGAAGUGGUGCCACCGCCCACCAGUGCCCAAGGAGAUGUAGAUAAAGAAAUUGCAUCACCCCCAGAAAAGCAGGAACCAGAGAGUGGGGCACAGGAAGUGGUGCCACCGCCCACCAGUGCCCAAGGAGAUGUAGAUAAAGAAAUUGCAUCACCCCCAGAAAAGCAGGAACCAGAGAGUGGUAAUCUGCCUGGGGCACAGGAAGUGGUGCCACCGCCCACCAGUGCCCAAGGAGAUGUAGAUAAAGAAAUUGCAUCACCCCCAGAAAAGCAGGAACCAGAGAGUGGUAAUCUGCCUGGGGCACAGGAAGUGGUGCCACCGCCCACCAGUGCCCAAGGAGAUGUAGAUAAAGAAAUUGCAUCACCCCCAGAAAAGCAGGAACCAGAGAGUGGUAAUCUGCCUGGGGCACAGGAAGUGGUGCCACCGCCCACCAGUGCCCAAGGAGAUGUAGAUAAAGAAAUUGCAUCACCCCCAGAAAAGCAGGAACCAGAGAGUGGUAAUCUGCCUGGGGCACAGGAAGUGGUGCCACCGCCCACCAGUGCCCAAGGAGAUGUAGAUAAAGAAAUUGCAUCACCCCCGGAAAAGCAGGAACCAGAGAGUGGUAAUCUGCCUGGUGGGUAUUCACUUCAGGCGAUAUUAGAGCGCGUGCUGGAUUACUAG